AUGUUUUCCAGACAAUUUAGAACCACACUGCCACGCCAGGGAAUCCGGGCAUUUUCUGUCUCAAGAGCUGCAAGACAGGUCGUUGAGGUCAACUCGUUGGCCGAGUUCAAGGAGAACGUGCUCUCGCAAAAGGCCGCGUUUGUCGACUUCUACGCCUCAUGGUGCGCUCCAUGCAAAACCAUCUCCCCAGUGGUGGAAAAGCUGUCCGAGACUCACAAAGACGUCAAGUUCUUUAAAGUGGACGUGGACAACGCUCAGGACGUUGCGAUGGAGUACGGAAUCAGCGCAAUGCCGACGUUCAUCACCUUCAAAGACGGCGUGAAAGACGGCCAAUUUGUGGGUGCCAGUCCACAGGCCAUCCAGCAGCUCGUGGUGGCUACCAAACAGUGA